UAUUGAAUACCUUCCUGAUGGAACUAAAUGAUAAUUGUAAUAAUACCAUCAUGCCAGUGUGCAAGCUUUGGGAUGACUUGGGCAGAGGCUACACAAAUCACCCUCAACUCCGUCCAUAGCACAAAUUUAAGACUAGCUGUGUGUUUUAAGUGAGAGCUGAACAGUGUGAACUUACAUUACACUGCUUUAGUUUCAGCAAUGUGCAAUCAACUGGAAUCUCUCUCUCUCUCUCUCUCUCUCUCUCUCUCUCUCUCUCUCUCUCUCUCUCUCUCUCUCUCUCUCUCUCUCACACACACACACACACACACUUGCAACUGGACAAAACAAGUAAACUAAGCCAGGGUGUAGUGAGUUGACAGUGAGACAGGAAGCAGACACAGGUUUGUGGAGGUUCCUCCCUCCAGCUGGUAUGCUGUCAAACAGGUUUGUGAUGUGACAUUUCACUGGGAAAACAGCACAACGUUUUGUAGCCUGACGCUUUAGCACAAAAAGUGAGCAUUAAGGAGAUUAGUUUGAAGAAGUAUUGGUGCCUCCAUGUUUCUCAUGUUUCUGAAAAUCAGAAGAAUAACUUCUCUUUUUCUCCUGGAAAGUUCAGACUGACGGACCAAACUGCAGCCAAGUGAGGAGGUGAGGUGAGACAGGUGAGUGUUAGAGGCUCAUCCUCUACCUACUCUGGCCUCUGGACACAACCAUUGGAACACUAUCGACAGGAGCCCUCCUAGUCUUUUUCUGUGUAUUUUUUUUUUUUUUUUUUUUGCUUCAAUGACUGCCACAUCAGUAGUGUGGAUUACCGUGCUGUCCCUGGUGCAGCUGACCCACUGCUCUGUCACCUCCAGACACACUCCAGGAGAUCCAGUGUUGGUGGACGAGCAGUCAGCGACCUCCUUCCUGUCACGCUCGCUACUCUAUAACAGCUGGGACUUUGAGCUGGUGGUGCCUGACAGUCUAGAGAGGGAGUGUAAAGAAGAGAUGUGCAGCUAUGAGGAGGCAAGAGAGGUGUUUGAGGACGACGUUCAGACGGAAAUAUUUUGGUCCCAGUAUUCCGACAGUCAAGCAUAUGCACCCAGAGUAGAUGUGUCAGGCCUUGUGGCAGGGAUCCUGGCUGUCCUCAUGUCUGCUGCUAUUGCAACUGUGCUGGGAAUCUACUGCUACAAAACCAAGAUGAAGGGUGGACGGAGGUCAGCCCAAGCUCCGGUGAGGAUGGCAGCAGAUGGGCGUCCAGCCGCAGAGUCAGUGCCCCUGGCAGGGAUCAUUGCACCAGGUCUACCCAGCUACAGUGAGGUUCUAGCCCGAAGUGGGCAGCAUGAUGCCCCACCACCUCCAUAUUCAGGGGGUACGCCAUCAGAGGCCGCUGAUCCAGGAGACAACGAAUGAGAGGACUGGCAGAGCCUCUUCAUUGUGUUUGACAGGCACUGUUGGUUUGAGUGAAUAUUGCAUGCAUUUUGAUAUACUGUAUUUAUGAGUGAAGUUAAGUCAUGAUCCCCGAGACGACGGCUCUGACAGUAUGAUCUGCAUAUUGUCUGGGAAAUAGUCUGAUGCUUUAAAGUGGGUGCAGCUGAGGGUGGGUAUCAUUUUAGUGGUUACACAGUGUUGUGUUUGUAGGCUAACAAAAGACAAUUCACAUCACUUCUUCAUGGAACACUGACAUGUUUUAUAAAAUAAAUCACAGAACCAUGA